AUGGGCAACUUUGCAAGCCGGCCAGGCUCCCUUGCUCUUCGGGCAGACCCAUUCGAUGCCGGAGAUCUGGGACUGAGUACAGCCCAGGUUGACACCAACGGGGAAUCCUUGCUUGGCACACUCGAUGCGCCUGAAUUGCCCGAAUGGCUGACCAAUAACCCUCUUCCCAAUGGGUUCCCGUGGAGUACGUUGGACACAAGCACCAACUACUACACAACGUCCCCAAACACGGGUGUUAUUCGCCGCUAUGAUUUCACCAUUAGCCGUGGUUUCAUCGCCCCCGAUGGCUAUAAGCGUGACGUCCUUCUCAUCAAUGGUGCCUUUCCCGGCCCCUUGAUUGAGGCCAACUGGGGAGACACUAUUGAAGUUACUGUGCGCAACAAGAUAUUCUCGCCAGAUGAAGGCUUUGCCUUACACUGGCAUGGAUUUCUGAUGAAGGACUCGCCCUGGGAAGAUGGCGCUCCGGCCGUCACUCAAUGCCCAAUUCCCCCUGGAAAGAGCUUUACCUACCAGUUCAAGGCUGAUCUCUAUGGCACAACGUGGUACCACUCUCACUACUCUUCUCAGUAUGCUGGCGGCCUUACUGGGCCAAUGGUGAUCCACGGUCCUAAUCAUGAAAAAUAUGAUAUUGAUCUUGGACCUGUCAUGCUCUCAGAUUGGUACCACAAGGAAUACUUUGAUCUGGUAGAAGAAGUCAUGGCCCCUAAUUCAACCCCCCCAUACGCUGAUAAUAAUCUCAUCAACGGCAAGAUGAACUUUGAUUGCUCGACAGUUACUCCAGGGGACAAAACCCCAUGCAGGAGCAAUGCAGGAAUCUCCAAGUUCAAGUUCCGGCGCAACAAGACCCACCGGCUUCGCCUGAUCAACUCGGGAGCAGAGGGCAUGCAGCGUUUCUCCAUCGACGGCCACAAGAUGAAGGUCAUUGCAAAUGACUUUGUGCCGGUUGAGCCGUACGAAACCGAUGUGGUCACCCUUGGCAUUGGACAACGCGCCGACGUGCUGGUCAAGGCGGACGGCAAGCUGGAUUCAUACUGGAUGCGCUCCAAUGUCUCCACCAUCUGCGGCCUCAACAAUGCACCUAAUGCCCUUGCGGCAAUCUUUUACGACAAUGCGGAUACCAGGAAGAAGCCCAAGUCGCAGGCAUGGGACAGACCCGAUCCGGGGACAUGCGCCAACGACGAUCUUGCCCUCGUCAAACCUAAAAUGAAGCUGGCCCUGCCCAAGGCCGAUAUUUCAAGGGAUAUGACUGUGGAGCUGACCAAGAACGCAAGCGACAUCACGCUCUGGGAGUUCGAUGGCAUUGCUUACAGGGGUAACUACAACAGCCCAACGCUGCUGAUGUCCAUUCUCGGAAACUACACCUUUGACGAGGAGUGGAACGUUAUUAACACGGGGAAUGCAAACAGUGUGAGGAUCAAUGUUAUCAACAACACGCCCCUUGCGCACCCCAUGCAUAUGCAUGGCUACAACAUGUACAUCCUCCAUGAGGGACUGGGCGCAUGGGACGGCACCAUCGUACGCCCUGAGAACCCCCAGAGGCGCGACACCUACCAGGUCCAGGCAUUUGGCCACCUCGUGAUACAGUUCGACGCUGCCGACAACCCAGGUGUUUGGCCGUUCCACUGCCAUAUCGCGUGGCAUGUGUCUGCUGGCUUCUUUGCCCAGUUCCUGACCAAGCCCGAUGAGGUGAAGAAGAGGAAGAUUCCCAACGUGGUGGCGGAGACGUGCCGCCAGUGGGGAGACUGGACCAAGACGAACAUCCCCGCGCAGAUUGAUAGUGGGCUGUAA